AUGUUUCAUCCGUAUUGCCGACCACCACAGUGGUCUCAUUCUCUGGGCCCCGGUGGCCGUUUAACCCAGCUCCACGGAAAUUUGCCACAGUCACCCUUCGGCCCACUGAGGAACACAUGGGCACCAGCUCUUCACUCCGGACAACACUCUUCCUCGGGGCAGGCUCAGCCCGGAUUGUUCAACACACCACACGACCCUUUCAGUCCACGUUCUAGCCAGCCACGACAGGGGUCCGACCGUCCUACCUUUGAUCGGUCAAUUUUCACGUCAUCCAAUGCGAGAAUGCGAGACGCAUGGAUGGGCACUCCUUGGCAGGAUAGACCGUCCGCAGCGGGGCCCACUCGCCGCAGAAACAAGGCUCGGAUCAGCAAACCUCUGCGCAGGCACGAAACCGUGGUUGUGAAACUCGUUGACGACGUCGACCCAGCUUUGGUCGAAGGCGAUGAUGGGCACUGGUUUUGCGACACGCAUGUGCCCUUGGACGAAAUAUCCUUCAAUGGGCGACUCUCACUUGAGGACAAGAUUGUCGUGCGCGAGAUGAGCAGGCAGCGGCUGGAAAAGGGCGUUCGCGACGCCAUGGCGGAACAAGACGCUGCGAUGGAGCGCAAUGCCACACACCAGGCAGAGUCGGCGAAGCGAUGGGCGGAACGCGAUGCGAAGCUCGAGGAACGUGAACGCCAGAAGGAGGCAGAGAGGCUGCGGGCGGAAGAGCUUCGCAGGCAACGCGAAGUUGCUGAAAUCGACCGGCUACACAAGGAGCGUAUUGCAAGGGAGCAGGCCAAGCGCGAGGAAGAGAAACUCAGAGAGGCCGCCAGGCGUGAGGAAGAGAAACGCAGGGAGGCCGCCAGACGUCGAUUAGAAGAGGAACGUAGAGCAGCGAGAGAAGCGAAGAGGCAGGCCGACGAGAGGGAAAGACAGCGUCAAGAGAAGGCACGCCAGGAAGCCCAGCGGGAGGCGCAACAACGAGAGAACGAAUUACGGAGGCUGCAAGAGGAGGCGCGCAACCAGCAAGCCGCAUUCGAUUCGCGCGUCAAGGAAUUCUCCAAGAUAUAUGAAGAAAAAUGGAAGUGUCUUCGGAGUAACGUGCCCCUUCCGGAACUGGUGUCGUUCAAUCAAUUUCCCUGGCCUUUCCUCGACGACGUCCAGGACUUGACGGAUAUCACCGAGGAACGUAUCGGGUUAUUUAUCUUUCAUCCUUUGCGCGAAGAAAUGAAUGGUAAGACUGUCAAGGAACGCAUCAGAGCAGAGUUCUUGAAGUGGCAUCCGGACAAAUUAGAGCGCAUUGUGUUGAACAAAGUACGUCCUGGCGAUCAUAAAGAUGUGUUGGAGAUAGGGCGUAUUAUCAUCGAACAUUUGGUCGAGAUGUCAGGGAAAGCAUAG